UUUAACCUCUCAAUUGAGUGCGCAAAAAUUAUUGAUAAACAAAAUUGAAAUGCAAAAUUAACCUUUUUCUAAGUGUUUUAUCACUCCAAAGUUACAGUAUAUUUCUCAUGGGCAACGUCAUUGAAUCGCUUGCUUCAGGCUUUGGAGAAGCUGUUGGAAAUAUUUUCAGUUCUCCACUUGAAUUUCUUUCAGGAAAGUCUUGUAGUUCAGUAUGUGGACCAACAUGGGAUCUCUCUUGUUAUAUCGAAAUUUUUUGUGUUGCUAAUCUAUUGAGAUUGGCCGUGGUAUUUGUUCUAUUGUACAUUGGUGAGUUCAAUUGUUUUGGUAUUUCAUUACAACAUGUUUCAAUUUCAGAUUCCAACCUAUUUUUAUUAAUUUUUUGUAUAUAUAACUUGGCUAUAUUUUGUUUUCUUGCAGUUUUUCUGUUCUUCUAUGUACUGUAUAAAUUGGGCAUAAUUAGAUGUCUAUGUCACUCUGCUUGCAAAUUGAUAUGGGCAUGUUUCUCUUCUUGUUUCCACAUUUGGGUGUAUUCAUGCACUUUCUUAUGUGUUAAACUACACAAUGUCAAGAGGAGGAGGAGAAGAAAGUUUAGAAUGGAAAUGAAUGAAGAAGAAUACAUCGACGAAAGCCUUUCAUAUCACCUUCCAGUAUCUGCAGAAUUAAGCAGAUCGUUUUCGCGUAGAAGGAGAGACUAUAAAGGCCACCACUUAAGGAAGUCUUUGAAGCCUAAGAGGGGUCGUGCUCAAGUUGAAAUUAGUAGAAAUUUUAGUUAUAAGAAUAAAAGUAAUCAUAUUAUUAGAGAUCCUUGUUGCUCAAGCAAUGUCAUUAAGCAUGGUAAUUACAAAGUCAUGGUCCAUGACAUUAAGGUAACACAAACAUCAAAGUUUGCCAGAAAAUGUAUGAAUAAUAGGAAAAGAGUUAUUCGAAGGCAAAGGCGAUAG